AAUGAGUUCCCUAUACUUGGAAGUGUUUCAGGAGAGGAUGGAUGAUCACCUGCCAAAGGACUCCAAGGGAUAUUGAGAAAUUUUCUGCUUUGGGAAAGAGAUUGAAUUACCUUGAAGACCCAUUCCAACUCGAUGAUCCCAUAAUUUGACUAUUAAACCCCAGUUCUUACCCUGACCACAAGGAGUGCUGAAUUGUUAUUCUACACCAAAGAGUCUAAUCCUACUCUGAAGGCAAUGAACUUCUGAUUGCCCUGUGCCCUAUGUGCUGAUGGAAUGGGUAACUGGGGAUACAUGGGCAGAAUAAUGGGUUACUACUAAAAUGGCUUACUCUCAGGUCUACCUCCUCAAAUCCCAGAUCUCCCAUUUCUCUUCCCUUCCCACCACCUCUCCUUCUCCCCUUGAUGGUCAAACAAAUGGCUGCCUGUAGUCCUGAAAGACCAAAGGAGCUUCUUACUUGUGUUGCCUCUAUCUCCGUUCCCUUUCGAAGCGACUUCUGGUUUUUGAUUCUCGGAGAGCGUUUGCGGCUGGUAUUACUUUUGUCUGCCUUCAAGUGGGAGGAUUCAGAGAGAGGACGACUCAGGGGCUACAAGUUCCAGAUACCUGAGAUGGUCUUUCAAGGUGAGACAACAUGCAAGUAUGUAUCCUGUAAAGGAGAAAGCACCCUGGACCUGUGACAAACUUCAGCAGGAAUUCUCCACUUUAUUCCAAGGAUGGGCAUCCCAUUGGCAUCUGCAGCAGAUGAAGUGACAGUGAAUGGUCAGAUAUUCACAAGGGUGGAAGAAGAGCUCACCUGGGAUGAUGCCCUGAAGUAUUGUAGGGUCUACCACACAGACCUGGCCAACCUGGAAAGCCUACAUGGCAGAGAGAGUAUUGAGGACCUCUACUUCAUCCUAACAAGCAAUCCUGCUUGGAUAGGACUCUUCUUUGAUGUAAAAACUGACACACUCAGCUGGUCCAGUGGCUCGAUUUUCACUCGUCCUCUUUGGCUUAGUAGCAUACCUGUCUUUAAGGCUGGGCUCUGUGCUUUGCUGAGGAGGAACAACUUUUCAAUUAUAAAUGCUGCUUACUGCUCAACCCAACAUUCCUUCAUUUGUUACUAUGAUCCUGCCAUUGGACAUCUCGGUACCACAAAAUCUCCUUUCAGUGACCCACUCAAGCCAGAUGAGGUCCAGAUUGGUAAUCAGCUCUUUAUAAGGAUUUCUGAGGAGUUGAAGACCUGGACUGCUGCCCAUCAAUACUGCCAAACAUACUAUACAGACCUCGCCAAUCUGCAAAGUGUCACCGAGGGCGCAUUACUGAAACCCAUCACCAGUGAAGCUGAAGCAUGGAUUGGCCUCAUCUUUGAUGUGAACAGUCAGUCUUUGAAGUGGUCCAGUGACUUUGGUUCUAAAAUUCCUGAAUGGCUGUUGGUGCCCAUGUUUUCAAGUAAAUUGUGUGCUUCACUCAGCAGACAGGAAAAUUUUGUACCUCGAAUUACUUCUGCAGUCUGCGAUGCUUUGAAACCCUUCAUCUGCUUCUAUGAUCUUACCAAUGGCCAUCUGGACCCCAUGGAAAAUCUUGUGACCACUUCCAGCCGGUUCCCACAAAGCCAUGAAGUUUCGACUCCUCUUACACCAGCUCAGCUUGGAACAACUUGGUCACCUUCAUUUGACUCAGGGAGCAGCAUAGCCAGGGCAGAGGGGACUUUAACAGCUCCAUCAAUGCCACCAGGGAAUAGCACUGUCUCUGACUGUACAACUACAACAGGUCAGGAAUUGUCUACAGUCACAAGACACAUGCCACCUGCCAGUCCUCAGCCCACAGGAAGCCCAUCAAAGCUCCAAGAAGUCACCUCCCAGGCUUCCAGAUCAGGCAGUGGCAACCUUACUCCAGGAAUGUCUAUUCCUCCCCUGACCAGCACAUCAAGACUAACUACAAGACUAGGGUCAACACAGAGACAGUCAGAGCCUGAACCAGGAAGCAUCUCUGUCAUGGAGCAGAAAGUCACUGGGACCAGCACUGAACCUCCAGGGAGCCCUCUGUCCCCAAGAUCAGAACAACGCUUUGUGAUCCUGAAAGCAGAUUUUAACUCUCCGGCUGCCCUGGAGCCUGAAGAUAGAAAAGAACAAUUUUUGAGAGAGAUACAAGAAGCUGUAAAGGUGAUUUUAGGUCAUGAGCAGUUCAGACUGAAAUGGAUCAGCUCUGAAGAGAAGGAAAACUAGCUAAAUAUCUUCUCAUAUCUGAAUGUCUUCUAAAUCUAUCCAGUCCCCUCCUCUGGGUAAGAAUCUUUGAUCUAAGGAAAACAGAAAUCUGAACAGUGAUGGUAGACUCUGUAGAAAGGAGCAAGGGAGAAUAAUGGGAAAGAUUAAAGUAUUAUCUUUACUAUUUA